ACGUUUGCUUAUUGUGAUACCGCGCGCGCAGAGUAUUUUAUUAAAAUUCAAAUGGAAAAUUACGCACCAACAGAUUUUUUAUUUAGUUGUACAUAAUUUAAGUGUUAAUGUUAAUAAAAAUCUAUAGGGUAACAUUUUCCAAAACAUAAUACUUGUCGUUCUAAACUUAAGCGGCGAAAGUAUAAUGCAUUAUAACCUAAAAGCUGAAUUUGUUUUCCGUUAUAAAUUUUAAAAUCUGUUAAGUUUAAUAUGCAGAAGUUACAAGAUAGUGUUUUUUCUAUCACAAAAACUACUAACCUUUCACCUGCCGUGUUCAGUUAUUUGCAGCCAUCAGAAAAUGCAGAAAAUGUUCCUCUCGGUGGUAUUCUAAGUGACACCAAACAUGGCUGGUUGGCCUUGGGCUCCAAGUUCUGUGUGGUUGACCUUAGAACCGGACUGAAGGUCGCAGCCAGGACUUUUGGGGUCCCUUUUAGCAACACCAACUGCACAAUCACCAGCGUUAUAGAACUACCCACACCACUAACCGAAAACUCCAAGCAGCUGAUCAUCUGCCUAGAAUGCGAGGAUCUCACCGGCCUCAUCUGCGUACUCCACGUCAACGGCUCGCAGAUCCUCCGGUGCAUCCAGACAGAUGUGGUGAUUACGGAGAUAGCUGUGUGUGAUGAGGUGCCGGAUGGGCCGUUGACAUAUUUUGAUGGAGUUAUCAUGGCUGGCUCGAAAAGAGGAGAGAUUUUUGUUUUUGAUCUGAAUAGAGCUAGUCUUAUUCAAGCAUUAAAAGACAUAUCGCAAGGCUACGAGCACCUAGUCCGAAUGGAGUCCAACCCAGCCAACCUAGCGUUCCUAUCUCUCAACGCUAUCCCCCAAGUAGACCAACAUAGAGACCAGGCCGUAGAAAACGACGACCAUCUCGCCAUAAUCCUCAACGAAAACUCACUUGUAGAUGGCCAAUACUUAUUUAGGAACCCAGAUGGUUCUAUCAGAAUGAAAGCAAAACAGGAUCAUAUAAGAGUGUCGGCGCUUCAGUAUAUUCCGCAGCUGGGAAGUUUGGCGGUUGGGUUUAAUUUUGGGGCGUUCCAGAUUUGGAACAUGAUGAGCUUGGAGUUGGAGUUUGCGUCGCAGGUUAAUCGGGAAUGCUUGCCGGUCACACAUUUUGGAUUUCAGGAGCCCUGCGACGACCCCAGAGCCUUUUGCUACCUCUGGGCAGUAUUCUCCGUUAUGGAACGGUUCGAAGAGGAAGAGUUUCCACUGGCUGUGAUGUAUUCCCUCACCUAUCAGGGGAAGAGGAUGCUCUCCGACACCAAGUGUCUAUAUCAGGACUUCAUGAUGGCGACCAUCAGGUUCCAAGUAGAGCUAAGCGUGAUGGAAAAUGCCGGGCCAUUUGUCGGGGGCAGGUGCGUGUCGUGCCACGCCUACUCCGUCAGCUCCACGCUGGGGGAGGAAGGGGAAGACAGUAUGCUGAACAUCUGCCAACUAGUCUGGGAGUGUUGGGGCGAAAACGUGAAUUCUGCAACGGAGUAUGGGAUGCUAUUAUUUGAUUUAGACCAGUGGUAUAAGGAUCAGAUGCCCUCAACAUACGGGCUACAAAGCAACGCCUUCAUGAGCGCAUCGUGGUGCGGGCAGCUGACCGCGGCCGGGACUCGAACCCUGGACGUCCGGCUGCAGCCCGGCUCCGUGACUCCAUACUCACACGCCACACGCCUCGAGGAACACUUCUACCCCAACUCCAUACAUUACAAUUGCAUCUGCCUAAACACGUCCGACGCCUGCGUGCUGAGCACGGCCGGCAUCCAGCGGCAGCUCAUCGCGUCGCUGGACGCCGCCGGCCCCACGGCGCUGCUCAGCCCGCCGCGCCUGUACCGCGCCUGCGCGGCGGCCGGCCUCGCGCCGCUCUACGCGGACGGCCUGCCCACCGACCCUAGUGCGGAGGAGCAACGGAGAUUCCUGUUAUCAGUGGCGCUGGAAGCUCGUCUGGCACGGUUUUUGAAACGUUGCGCCCAUGACUGGGCCACGGGCAGCCAUCAGGGGGUCGGCUGCACACUCCCUUUCCUGGUGGACUGGUGCUGGCGCCGCGCCUUGCAACUAAAGGAGAACGCGAAGGAACUCACCGCUCCGCUGUUCUCGUCCUCGUCUUUGCCUGACAGGAACGUGGUGCGAUGUUUGGAGCACUGCGUGCAACAGUUGACGCAGCUGACCGGCUUACUGGACGCCAUCCUUACUAAAUGCUGCAACCUCAUAGUCCCUGACGCUCUCAGCGAGAUCGAAGAGAAAUACAAAGGAGUCGGCACGGUGGCAUUAUACUUCCAAGUCGUGCAGUGGUUUCUCCGAGUAGGACUGUUGCCAGAGAGACACCAAGAGCUUCCGUAUCCGGCGCGGCAGCUGAAUGAAAUAUACACAAAAAGGCGAAUGAAGCUGCAACGGCUGCAGAGCGGGCUGCCCGAGGACUCGAGCAGCUCGAGCUCGCUGCUCUACAUCGACCAGCUGAUCGAGCACGAGUUCGGCGGCGAAAGGAUACACCAAAUGUGGCUGAAAGGCGGCAGCGAGACCAACGGCCUGUACCCGCCGCCCUCGCUAUACUCUCUCCUGCGCCUGUAUUUACUGCCCGACAUCGCUGAAGAACACAAGCACUCGCUAGUGCUGUAUCUGCUGGUUGACUACUCUAUGGUCUAUGAAGUCAGGCACGAGGCGGUGGUGCGCCGGCUGAUGCAGUUCCCGACGAUGUUCGGGCUGAGCAACACGGCCAUCAAGGCCACGCAGGCCUUCUGGCAUCUCGACCAUAGAGACUUUGACUUCGCCCUGGACCAGCUGCAGUGCCUGACGGGCAACACGCUGUCCGCGUGGCAGCACCGCGCCGUGCUGGGCGCGCUGCUGGCGCAGCGCAUGGCGCAGGCCGCGCUGCAGUACCUGCACGCGCGCAGGCCGGCGCCCGCGCAGAGCCGCCGGGCCGGCCACCACGACCAGCCGGACGACUGGCGCAGCUGCUGCGACCUGUACUUGGCCAGGAAGCUGGUGUUCGAGGCGCUGGACGUGGUCCGGGCGUGCGUGCGGAGCGCUGCCCCUGUGGAGGAGAAGCUGCAUGUGCUGAACUUCUUUUUCAAAGGGUGCCGCAACACGGGCCAGUUAGCGAGGCUCCUGCAGGUGACGCUGCUGCCCUUUGAAGAGGAGGCCUUUAUAAAAUAUCUUGAGAAAUGCAACGAACCACACACCUCGGAUAUACUCAUCAUGUAUUACUUGCAGCAGGCCAGGUACUUGGAAGCACAACAAUACAACUGCAAACUCCGCCACACCAAACGCACAAACAUCUCGUCAUCAUCAUCAUCCAUCGUGGACGUGAUGGACCGUCAGCAGGCGCGCGACACCCUAGUGGAGGUGGUGUGUUCGUCGCUGCCGACCAUAGCGACCAGAGUGGCGCAUAUGGCGCUCAGUGACCACUGCGAGCCUCAUAGUAAGUCUCUACAAACAGCGCGCGACACCCUAGUGGAGGUGGUGUGUUCGUCGCUGCCGACCAUAGCGACCAGAGUGGCGCAUAUGGCGCUCAGUGACCACUGCGAGCCUCAUAUCUCUACAAACAUGACCUCCUCAUCAUCCAUCGCGGACGUGAUGGACCGUCAGCAGGCGCGCGACACCCUAGUGGAGGUGGUGUGUUCGUCGCUGCCGACCAUAGCGACCAGAGUGGCGCAUAUGGCGCUCAGUGACCACUGCGAGCCUCAUAUUCUAGCAGCAAAGCCGAUGUCAGUGUUUGUUCAGACGAAAUCUCCCAAAAACACUUUUACCUACAAAUCGUCAUUUAUUCAGGACACGAUAGAGAACGCUAGUGAGACCUGGGUAAAUAGACCAAAGAUGAGGCGGGGCAUCAAACGAGCGCUGAAUAUCGAGGACACACCCUUCAUCUGUACUCCGAAGUUAUCAAGAACUAAGAGUAUAUUUAGUGAGUUCCAACCGUCGUCCACGCCGCCGAAGCGCGCCAAGCCGGCGCCGGCCCCGGCCCCGGCCUGCGCGCGCGCACGCACGCCGCGAGCAGACGACGUCAGCCGACAGAUGGCGACUCUGCUCGAUAUGCCCGAAGUGCAAACUCCGGAUGGGAACACAUAUGACCGAAGCGGAGCUGGGACACCCCAUAGUAUACUUAAGAUAAGGAACUCUGCCCUCGGUCGCGACGCGCCGUCGCCCGUGGACUCGCGCUACCUCGGCGACAGCGACGACGAGCUGCUGGAGACGGCCAGCAACCACACGCACUACAGCGACUCCACCAACAAACACUUACGGUUCACAAUCCCGACGGCCUCCGAGUCGGGUUCAACGCCCUCGCCGCAACCCGCUCCUUUUACUGCCGAAGUGCGAGAGAGAGAACCAGUGCGACAGAAAGAGAUGGACGAAUCUAUGGAGAGUUUCGUUACUUCUACGAGUACCGCGCAUCCUAUGAAAGAUGACAAUCCAUUCGAAUCGCCCCUAAAGAAACUUGCAACAGAGGAGAAAGUCUUGUCCAGGAAGUCUUAUAAAGACAACGUUCGAGCGAGACGCUCCCUCUCCAUCUCGGCGAACAGCAGCCUCUCCGAGGACCCCAACACCUCCAUCGAGAGCAUCGCCGACAUCCCCGUCACGCUCAUCAACCCCCGCUACCGCAAGACGGAGACGCCUGAAAAGCGGGAGAGAGACAGCGCCUCCCCCAGCUACAGGGCGGUGGACGAGGACGGCAGGCUGUCGCCGAGUUGCUUCACGAGUGGCGCGGGCGAGACAGAGACGGCAGGGCUGGAGAGGGACAGCGCGCCGCGCACGCCGCGGGGGCGGCGCGGGAUCCGGGCGGCGGGGGAGAGCACGCCGUUGGCUGCCAGAAGUCGGUCUGGUACACCAGAGCACGUGGAUUCUCCUACAGUAACACCGCUACGAACGAGCAGAAAUACCAGGAGCCGGUCUCGCACCCCGGACAUCAGUCCGCGCGCGUCCCCUCUAGCGCCCAUCCCGGAGCAGCCCCGGCAGGAGGUGGACAGCGCGCCGCACCCGGUCCAGACCACACUUACAAUUACUGCGCCGAGCCGAUUAAGGAGCCGCUCCCGCACCCCGGAGAGGUUGGAGAAGGUGGCGGAGUCCCCGCGCCUGCCGGCCAUCUCGGAGUCCCCCACUAAGCCCGAGCAGCCCGCCGCGCCCGAGCAGCCCCCCGCGCCGCGCCGCCUGCGCAGCCGCUCGCGCGAGCCGCAGCUCGACAUCGAAGUGCUGAAGAGCCCGAGGAGCUUGAGAAGCCGCUCAAAGACACCAGAAAAACUCAUGUCUCCCAAAGCCGAUCGUUCGACUAAAGCCAAAAAAUCUCUCACCAGAAUAGUACUAGAAGCCAACACAUUCAAAGCCAAAAACACUGAACCCGAACCUGAGCAAGAAGAAAACGAGGAAUUAAUUAAAUGUACGCCUAUGAAGCCUAAACAAGUCGCCAACAUGGACGUAUCGUUCUCUCCGAUUGUAAACAAGUCUGUACUUACUGAAACUCCAGACAAAGUACAGUCAGCUGACAGCAGCAAAACUAAUAUAGAAACUUUACCAGCUUUUACAAAAAUGAACGAAACACAAUUUGGUAAAUCGAUACUACAAAGCUGCGAGAGCAGCACUAUUGAAACUUCACAAGAACUCGAAAAAGAAAAGGAUAAUGAAUCUGAUCACGUAAAAACUUUACCAGCAUUUAGUUCAAUGAACGAUAGUAUUUUUACCAAAUCUGUGCUACACAGUUAUGAGAGCAGUGUUGCUGAAAGCUCGAGCAUACAUGAAGUGUCUGUUACUAAAGAGAUAUCAGUUACAAAAGUAACUAAAACAGAAGUCUCGACUAUCGCUUGCAAGUCUGUAUUAAAAGACCAAUCAAGUCUUUUAACUAAUGAUAGUGAAUCUGAAAGCGAAGAUAAUAAAGACAAGUCUAAUUGGAAGGAACGUAUAGAACGCGUAGAAGGUACAGCGCAGGAUAUUCAGAAGGAGAAAGAGAGGAUUGUGGAGAUUGAGAGGGAGAUUAAUGAGAUAGAGGGAGACAUGAGCGAUGAGGAGGGGUUGACGGACGAGGAGAUUGUCGAGGGAGCUGAUGAUGAUACUGAUGAAGAAAGUUCGGAGGAAGAUGAUUCAAUGUCAGGCUCUGGUGACGACGAGAUAAUAUCAAUCGGGGACUCUUCCGCCGAGUCCGACGACAUACAGCUCGACGAACAGACCUCAUCUGACAGCAACAGACAGAUCGAAGAAAUAGAGGUUAAUGUUAGGGAAAGUCCGGAAACGACGGAACAGUCGGAUAAUAGAGAUCCGCUGAAUAAAUUCCGGGUGUCCCUGCUUACUGAUGACAAUUCUUAUUUAUCGGAUAAUGAGAUGGAUCUCAAUUAUGAUGACGAUGAAGAGGAGGAGGAAAGUAAGAAAGCAGAAACGGACUCAGCGAAAUCUGAAACCGAAGCACCAAAAACGGAGGCAGAAGCAGCAACAACUGCAACAGGAGCAGCAAAAACUGAAACAGAAACAGCAGAACCUGAAACAGAAGCAGCAAAAACUGAAAUAGAAGCAGCAAAAACCGAAACGGAAGCAACAAAACCUGAAACCGAAGCAGCAGAAAUUGAAAUCGAAGCACCGAAAACAGAAACACAUGCAGUCAUAACGAUAGACGUAGUAGUUGAAGAAAUGAAUCCCAUUGAAGAAAACAAAGAAACUCCUACUGCUACUGCUGAAGCAAAAAGUACUGAUAUCGUUGACGGCAGUUCAGCUAUAAAUAAACCGGAAGUUAUGGAAGUAGAUCCUAUUACAUCUAAAACAGGUGAUGUCAUUCCUGAAGAAAAGAUUGGCAAACAUAAGACAGACAAAGAAGCAGCGGCUGAAAAUAAAACAGAUAAACUAGUCGAAAAAGAAACGAAAGGUUUACAAGAAAAAAUGGAUGCUUCAGAGCUAUCUAAAGAAACAGAAAGAAAAACAGAAAAGGAAAAACGAGAAUCUCGUUUACGCAAACGCGCAUCGUCAACAUCAUCUAACAAAAAAGAUGAUAAAACAAUGGAUGUCGACAAAAAAACCGGAAAUGUCGAAACUAGAAGACCUAUGACUAGAAAGCGCGCUAAAUCUACAACCUCGAACCAAUCUGAGGAAGUAGAAGAAACGCCGAGUAGAAUAAGUAAUCCUACUCCGGCUAUGAGAAGGCUUAUGGCUCGACGUGAAUCUAAAGAAGCAGAGAGUAAGGUUGAAAGUCCCGUGACUCCGCAGCGCCGAACGACGCGCAGUCGGAGUAAAAAUGAUGAUAAUGUUAGCGUGACGUCAGAGGAUUCGGUCAGGUCGACGAGGAGCAAGGCGAGUGAGAAGGAGAGGACGGGGAGGAAGGCGAGUGAGAAGGAGAGGAAGGGAAGGAAGGCGGCGGCGGGCGUGAAGCCGGAGCUCAGCGCCAUCCCGGAGCUGGCGGCGGGCGAGCGCGAGGACGGCGGCGACCGCUCCGGCGAGAGGAGGCUGAGCCGGCAGCAGCGGUCCCUGCUGUCCUCGCUGCAGCUGCGGCCGCGCGGGGGGCGCCGCCCCGGUGCCGGCCCCGGCGUCGGCCCCGGCGUCGGACCCGCCGCCGAGCAGGAGGACGAGGACAGGGAGCCCUUCGACGUGCAGCCCAUCGACAGGAUCAGCCUGCUCAACAAGACUGACUUUGAAGGCCCCGCGGACCGCUCGGAGCCGGCGCGCCUCUCGCCCGAACCUGACGUCGUAUCGCACUCCUCUGGCCGCAGAACUCGUAAGUAUUGCUUACUAAUACUUCAUUUUAUCCCGCUUGCAUGCUUUUCUCGUGUAAAUAAUAAUGAGAAUAACUUGUUGUUCUUGUGUGCCAAAAAAAAUUACGUAUUUAAUCCCACUUGCACCGAGAUACUUGGGAAUCAUCGGGUCAGCACAGAGUCGAUCGCGAAUAUAAUUUCGGUAUUUUUAUUACAAGCUUUUUUUUUAACAUGCAAUGUUAGGUAUAUACUAUUACUAUUGAACCUUUAUUAUACGAACUCUCGCAUGGCAAGAGCGGCGUCAGAGUCGAAAACUGUUCCUAAAGCGGCCAAAAUUGGUAGAAGGGUGUCUGUAGAUGUUGCGGCGGGCGCGGAGUCGCCGGGGGCGGGCAGCCCGGCGCGCGCGGGGCGGCGCGCCUCGUUCACGCGCGCCUGCGAGGCGCUGCACACGCCGAGAGGGCGCCGCGCCUCCGCGGACCUCAGGAAGGAGACGGACAGCGGCGGGGGCUCCCCGGGCGGCGCGGAGGCGCCGGCGCGCCGCCCCCGCCGCGCCUCCACGCAGUCCAACACUAGUGUCUCUACUGACCCCGGGAAGAGGUCUAAGAAGUUAUCAACUGUAGAAGAAAGUGAUGCCAAGAUAUAGUUAAUUUUAAGUGUAGGUUUUAUUUGUUUUGUUUAUUUGCAUUUAUAAUACAAAUAGUCCAACCAGAAAUAAAUUUGUAGUUAUAAUGUAAAUUAAGCGUACUUACCAUACUAAGGCAUAAUUAAUGCAAUAAAAUAUUAUUUCUGGUCAGCCUAUUAUUAAGUAACUUUUGUUUUAUUUAUUUACAUUUGCCACUAUGGAAUAAAAGUCGGAUUAACAAA